CUUCAAAGAACAAUUAAGGAAGGUACAUGCCUCUGCCUGAACCUGAAGCCAUUCUAGUAAGUUACAUUUUUAUUUUACAACAUCAUCAAUCGGAAAAAGUACGAGUACGAGGCCAUCAUUGCCUUUCCUUUCUCUCUUAAAUUUCUUUCUUUUCCGAGACAGAAAGGAAAACCCACUUCUCUUCCCCUCUCUCUCUUUCUUUCUUCCUGAAGCUUUUAUAUUUUCCUUCCAAGCCCUGAUUUGAUUAAACUUCUAUUUUCUUUUCUUCUUUUUUUAAUUCCGAAUUUGACCCUUGAAUUUCUCAAAAUUCACGCUUUGUUGCCCCAAAUCUUCCACAAUUUUAGCUCCCGUCAAAACCCUAAUUUUCCGAACCCAAAAUUGGCGUCGUUUUCUAGGGUUUUAACUUUGACUAUACGGUACCACACACUCAUCUAUUUCCCCCUUCACCAAAACCCUAAAAUUUUUCAAAAUUGAGAUGAUGGGUCACUCCGAAAAUGGAUUUUCUUAAAUGGGGUUUCGAUUUCUAGGGUUUAAGUAUUAUCAAUGGGUGCCAGAACGAGCAAUCGUAAGCGUGAGGACGAGUUUUUGAGCUUCAAUCGCGCAAUCCCAUAUCAGAAUUCUUCCGAUUUUCACGUUUCAAAGAGACUCAGAUUCUCACCUAUGCACCAGAGCCCUGAGCGACCAGUGGUUUCGUCGAAUAGCAGUGUUGCGAGGCUUUCUCGGUACCCGGCAGUGACUCCACGGUUAGGCAGAGAAGUACACGCCCCUUGUAGGAUAGUGAAUUACGGGAUUUCGACUGGUUUGAAUCGAAAAUCGGAGUUGAGGACCAGUGGGAUUUUGAAAAAACUGGAGGUGUUUGAUGAAAUGGGUAACAUUUUGAGUCACAAUUACAAUAAGGCUAAGGAUAGCGCAAUGCGAACGUUUCGGUACUUUACAAAAGAGAAGGAAAAGGAAGUGAUUGAAGUGGAUUCGGAUAAUGAGAAGGCUGGAGUAUCCGAAGAUUCGAGUAAUGAGGAAGUUGAGGUUGUGACCAAUGUGGAAGUAUUGGAUUUGGAUAAUUCCAAUAAGGUUAUGGAACGUGGGGUGCAGCAGCAGCACUUGCCUUCCUCAUCUUCGCAGGUUUCGGGCUACUUGGCAAAUGGGAAUUUGAGGAUGGACAAUGCAGAGAAGAUGUUGGAUUCUUUGUCUCUGAAUCAAGAGGUGGUGGAUUUGAAUAAUGUUUCUGCAUACAAGAAGUUGCUUGAGGCUGCUGAGAGUCGGAGUUCGAAAUUGAAGAACCUGAACUUCCAGAUUGAGCUUAAAGAGAAGCAACGGAGCUUUCUUCAAACGUUGCGGCCAGCCAAGAAACCGGUGGAGGCUGUACCACAAGAACCUUUUGUCCCUCUUUCGAAGGAGGAAAAGACUGAGGUUGAACGUGCAUUAAAUACCAAUCGGAGGAAGGUCUUAGUUACUCAUGACAACUCAAAUAUUGAGAUCACAGGAGAACUUUUACUGUGCCUUAGACCAGGUGCAUGGUUGAAUGAUGAGGUCAUAAAUGUGUACCUUGAGUUGCUGAAAGAGAGGGAAAAGCGGGAGCCGCAGAAGUUCUUGAAAUGCCAUUUCUUCAACACCUUUUUCUACAAAAAGAUAAUAAGUGGAAAGGGUGGCUAUGACUAUAAAUCUGUCAGAAGAUGGACUAGCCAAAGAAAAUUGGGAUAUGGCCUCAUUGAGUGUGACAAAAUAUUUGUCCCUAUCCACAAAGAGAUACAUUGGUGCUUGGCAGUUAUCAAUAUGAAAGACGAGAAGUUACAAUAUCUUGAUUCGCUCGGAGGGAAAGAUACCCAAGUGCUGAGAGUACUGGCUAGAUAUUUUGUAGAUGAAGUGAAAGACAAAAGUGGAAAAGACAUCGAUUUAAGUUCUUGGAAACAAGAAUUUGUCGAGGACCUUCCUGAACAGAAGAAUGGGUUUGACUGUGGCAUGUUUAUGAUCAAAUAUGCAGACUUUUACAGCAGAGGUCUUGGCCUCUGUUUCAGCCAGGAACACAUGCCCUAUUUUCGGCAGAGGACUGCAAAGGAGAUUCUUAGAUUGAGAGCCGACUAAUUGAAAAUGUCAACCUGCUGGUUUUGAAAUAUGCUUGCCCUUUUGAAAAUUACACUUUUCCAUCGUUAGAUGGUAAUUAUGAAAUUGGCAUCCUUUGUCAAGACUCAAGAAAAGAUACCUUCGCUUUGGUCAGGAUUUGGGUGAUAACCAUGCAGGAGUUCCAGUUUGUUUAAUCGAAUGAUCAAGAUGAUUCUGGUGAGUUGACUGGGGACUGGCAUAUCACUGGUAGUGUACAAGACUGGAGACGUAGCUUGUAUAUACUAUACAAGAGUAAGCCAAUCGUUUUGAAGGGUUAGUUUAAAGUGCUAGGUUAUGAGUUGAUAAUUUUUACUUGUAACAUCUGAGGUUUUUUGGAUUAGUUUGGAAGCCAAUAGUUUCUUAACCUCUUUUCCCUUUUCUUUUUUGAUCUUUUUGUAUCCAUCAUGCCUAGUGUUCAAAGUCAUUAUUUUUGUGCCUAUUUUGAGUAUUGGAGUCGAUUUUAUAAUUGUAAUCAUAAGUUUCUGGUGCUCAAGAAAAUGAAAAGCCUUGUUUGGUGUA